AUGUCAGAUCUGCCUUCGCUUAGAAAGAAAAUCGAUACUCUCGAUACGACUCUUGUCAAUAUUCUCAAUGAACGUGCACGCGUUUCACUUGAUAUUGGAGCAGCAAAACGUCAAUUGGAUAACACAGAAGGUCUACCAACAACAGAUCUGCAUGUCUACAUGCCAGGACGAGAAAAGGAAGUCUACGCAAAGUUGACAAGAUUGAAUCAUGGUCCAUUGAAAGACGAUUCUCUCCAUGCAAUUUUCAGAGAGGUCAUGUCUGCCUCAAUCUCACUUCAAAAAGAUGUUUCUAUGGCUUACCUUGGUCCUCCAGGAACUUUCUCUCAUCAGGCAGCAUAUCAACGCUUGGGGGACAGCGUAGUUUAUGUACCUCAAAAGCAGAUUUCUGAUGUUGUUGAUGCUGUCGAGAAGGGUCAGACCACAUAUGGUAUUGUCCCUUUCGAAAACUCCAAUUUUGGUUCCGUGGUUGAGACCCUGGACCGUUUUGUUAAGACCAAGACACGAGUGAGAGCAGAGACUUAUUUGACCGUUCACCAAUGUCUUUUGUCCAAUUCACCUUUAGACAAGAUCACAAAGGUCUAUAGUCAUCCUCAGGGAUUGGGACAAACCCAAAUGUGGUUGGCGGCAAAUGUGCCAAAUGCAAAGCGGAUAUCGGUGAAGUCAACAGCAGAGGCUGCUCAACAGGCUGCCUUGGAAACAGGUGCUGCCGCUGUCUGCAGUGAGAUAUGCGCCGAGCUGUAUGGUUUGGAGGUCACUGCACGCGAUAUUGAGGACGGCGCAGCAAACACCACACGUUUCUUGAUUAUCGGCACCUCUAGUGACAACGCUACAAAGGAUGACCAUACUCUCAUCAAAUUCACUGUGGAUCAUCGUCAGCCUGGUGCGUUAUGCGAUGGCCUUAAGGUUUUCAAGGACUAUAGCCUGAAUCUUUUCAAGAUCGAUUCUCGCCCUAGCGGCUUGCACCCAUGGCAUUAUGUGUUCUUUGUUGAAUGCUCGGGUCAUCAGCAGAAUGAAGAUGUUCAAAAGGCCGUUAAGGACCUUGAUCAAUUCUGCCUUGAUGUAGUUGUUCUCGGCAGCUUCCCAAAUCAAAGACCUGAAUGAUUUGUAUAAAGGCAUACAUACACACAUACAUCUUCAUAAUAAACAAGUUAUCCUGUCCUCUGGUUUUUUUUAUAUCC